AUGAGUCCACAUGAUCAUCUGUCAUCUUUUGAUGCGUCGUUUAGUGACUCUUUUUCAGAAGACUUGAUCCGUCAAUUCGACCACAAGACAAAGGCUAUCCGCAACGCACUCAACGAAGAAGAACCUCCUUCAGCACCUUUACCGCAGCCAAAGCAAGAACAGCACGAUCAUACAUCGUCACUGGCUGAAACUGAAAAGAAUUCAGAAUCAGUAGCAUCCUCUCCAACGCCUUCGUCGCAAGCUGUAAUUGACGCGGCCACCCAAGAGCAGGAUGUUCCAUCUUCUUCUGCUCAUGGAGAUAGUCGACAGCAGCAGGAAGUACAGCAAGCAGAAGAGUCACAAAUGCAACAACAACAACAGCAGCAACACCAGCAGAACGAACAAGAAGAAAAAGAACGCAGCGGACCCAAACUAACUGUAGUUGUGCCCGAACGAGAACUACGGCCGAGUCGCUCUCGCUUCUUCCGGUCACCCAAGAAGAUGAAAAGUCUGAGUCGCUUGUUCACUACAGCCAAAGAACAAGAUGAACAACAACAGCAAGAGUCCUUAGCCCUCCCCAAAGCCAUCUCCCCAUGGAGCGCAACGACCCCAACCAGCGUAACCCAAAGCUCUUCUCCCAGCAGCACAAUAUUCGGCAACAUUUGCCACUAUCCACCCAAACCAUUGCAAUACUCGACCGACAUUAGCCCACCCGCCGAUACGAAUGGCUGCAGCACAGACGAGUUCGCGCUAAAGUCGCGGCGCUCAUGUACUCUCAAGCCUGUCACCCCUGAACCAUCUGAGCAAAGACGGUCGUCGGCUCCCGCGUUGCCUCCACGUUCCUAUAGUAAACAUCACCGUAUGUUUGCUUUCCUUUGGUCGUCCAAAUAA